GCAAAAAUGAAAAAAAAAAAAACCCCAAUCUUAGACAAAGGGGAAGUUUAAAUUAUUUUUUUUAGAACCCUAAAAUCGUUCCUUUUUCCUUUCUAUUUCUGUCUUAAAAACAAUCCCUAACAGAGCAAUAUCUCUUCUUUUUCUAUGGAUUCGCCUUUCAAUCGAGUCUUCUUACUCUUUGUCGUGAUCGAUCGUUGAAUGAGAAGCAAUGUCUGCAGAAAUCAUAGAUAUCGACCUGGAAGGGGAUUCAGAUGGCAACGGGAAUGAGGUACGCUUUUUGUCCACGAAUCUUCUUUUGAGAUGUGUAAAGGUUAUGCUUAAUGGGUGGGGUUGUCUUGUUAUUGUCCUGGUGUCUGAUGAGUGCAGUAAGAAAAUGGGUAAAGUGGGGUUUUCGAAUAUCUGUUUAUUGACUUACUUUCUGAAAAGGGGCAUCUGGUCCCCACCUUAUGUGUUUUUCAUGGGUCAGUGUGUUUACCUGUUAAUACAAGAUAAUGGACUUAAAUAUGUUGAUGGAAAGUGUUGGGACUGGCAUGUAGACAUAGAUAAAUUAACUGUGAGGGAGUUGUUCCAAAAGAUUUCAAUAGCACGUUAUGAUCCAGAUAUGGUAGAGCACAUAUGGUAUUUGGAACCUGGAAAGACACUCAGUGAUGGCUUGAAGCAAGUAAUAGGGGUUGAUGGUGAGUUUCGUGUGGAGGAAAGCCAAAAGGAGAGUGUAGUUGAGGAUUAUUAUGAACCUGGACAAGAUUUUACUGCAAAAGGUGUUUGGUUAGAGAAGGAAGAUGAAGCUGGUGUUGGUGUUGAGAAGGAAGAUGAAGCUGGUGCAUCAAAAAGUGAGGAGGUGGCUGAUGACCAUAAUGAUGAUCUCAAUGGGGACAAAGAGGCAGAAGGUGAUGAAGGGCAUUAUGAUCCUAUUAUGGAUAUCCCUAAGUUAACAGAUAAUGAAGAUAAGGAGGCUAUGGAGGCCAGAAAGAAGAUAUCGACCUGGAAGGGGAUUCAGAUGGCAGCGGGAAUGAGUAAGAAAGUGGGUAAAGUGGGGUUUUCGAAUAUGUGUUUAUUGACUUGCUUUCUGAAAAGGGGCAUCUGGUCCCCACCUUAUGUGUUUUUCAUGGGUCAGUGUGUUUACCUGUAUGGAAGCAAUAAGGGUGAUUGGGGGAUCGAGAAGCAUGUGCUGUUUAUUCAUAUAGGAGGUAGGUUAAUACAGGAUAAUGGACUUAAAUAUGUUGAUGGAGAGUGUUGGGACUGGCAUGUAGACAUAGAUAAAUUAACUGUGAGGGAGUUGUUCCAAAAGGUUUCAAUAGCACGUUAUGAUCCACAUAUGGUAGAGCAUAUAUGGUAUUUGGAACCUGGAAAGACACUCAGUGAUGGCUUGAAGCAAGUAAUAGGUGAUGCUUCAAUUAGAGAACUCUUGGACAUACUGAGGGUUCACAAUAAGGUUCACAUAUAUGUAAUUCAUAUACCAGAUUUCCCUUUUGUGGUUGAACAAUUUCUUGCAUUACCAGCACCUGGCGAUGAUGCAAACAAGGGUCAAGAAACUGAUAAUGGUAGUAAAGGGGUUGAGACUGAGGGUGUUACUCAUGGUAAGGGGAUUGAUGGUGAGGUUCGUGUGGAGGAAAGCCAAAAGCAGGGUGUAGUUGAGGAUUAUUAUGAACCUGGACAAGAUUUUACUGCAAAAGGUGUUUGGUUAGAGAAGGAAGAUGAAGCUGGUGUUGGUGUGGAGAAGGAAGAUGAAGCUGGUGUUGGUGUUGAGAAGGAAGAUGAAGCUGGUGUUGGUGUCGAGAAGGAAGCUGGUGCUGGGGUUGAGAAGGAACGUGCAUGUGCAUCACAAAGUGAGGAGGUGGCUGAUGACUAUAAUGAUGAUCUCGAUGGGGACAAAGAGGCAGAAGGUGAUGAAGGGCAUUAUGAUCCUGUUAUGGAUAUCCCUGAGUUAACAGAUAACGAAGAUGAGGAGGCUAUGGAGGCCAGAAAAAAGGUCAAGUCCUUUUGUUAUAAUUUCCAAGAGGAUACUGCAGGACCUAGUUCCUAUCAUGAUGGUGGUGUGAAUGCAGUAGGUCCUAGUACCCCUCUUACAGCAGUCCAUGAUGAUGGAGGAGAGCUACACACGUUGUUUAUGAAGAAGUUGAAGAUGCUCUUCCAGAUAUAAGGUUGGGGAUGAUUUUUGUGAGCAAGGCACAUUUUAAAGCUGCUGUUGACAGAUGCAAC